AUGUUACCAGCAACCAAUUUGAUUACCAGAGUUAAUUCGCUCACUCAUGCUUUAAUUUUACAAUUCUUAGAAUCAAACAAGUAUAAGAAUACUUUGGCAGAAUUCCGUAAGGAGGCUAAUGAAAUUAUCGAAAAUAAUCCUAAAUUAUUUGAUGAAUUGCCUUUGACCGCAAUUGUACAAAAUUAUAUUAUGGAGGAAAUGAAAAAUGAUGUAGAGAAAAUAGAUUUGGAAAAUUGUACAACCAUUCUCACUGUUCGUACUCAAAACAUUCAACUCACAAAUUAUAAUGAUAAUGACUACGAAUCCAUUCAAAUUCCCAUGAUAAUCACCGGCUCAGCUGAUAAAUCCAUAAAAUUCACUUCUUUGCUAACUGGUGAUAUAUAUAAUGUUUGUGAUGUUCACAAAGGUGGAGUUCUUGCUAUUGAUUUUCAUCCCAUUUAUACAACAAUGAUGUUAAGUGCUUCAAUGGACGGUAGCGUCAUGUUAAUCAAUGCUUCUACUAUGGAAGUUAAACAAAUUUUUAAAGAUCAUAACAAAUAUGUUGUUCGAGCAAAGUUUUCACCAGAUGGAAGCAUGCUCUUUACUGCUAGUUAUGAUCAUACUUUAAAUAUUUAUAAGUUCUGCGGUUCCUCAACACCACGUCUUUUUUCUCCGCAUAUUGUAAAUUCGUCAAUUCCGACUUCUCCACUAAUGCCCACAACUCCUUCAACACCACCUACACCAUCCACACCACUUCCCAUAUACUCUAAAAUACAUACUAUAAUCUUUGAAUCAAACAUUGAAUCUCUUUGUAUUCUUCCAAAUUCAAGUUACUUAAUCGUAGGAAUUCGUGAUUCUAAUUAUCUUCACUACGUUAAUCUUCAACAUACCAAUUCUAAGACCCAAAAUUUCGAAAUCACGAAACACAAUAUGAAUGCAAAUGGUGGUGAUCGGGUAUCGUUUACAGCAAUGGAUAUUGUCGCUAGUCCCAAUAAUGGUGGUAAAUACUUAUUGGUCGCGACUGAUGAUGAAAAUGUUGAUAAAUUAAAAGGUCAUGUUAAAAAUAAUGGCGAUUCAAAAAUUAGUAAUUCAGAAUCUGAUAAUGAUAAAUUAAGUGGUCACUCCGAUGUUGUGCGUGAAAUGUGGUAUGAUGAAGAAAGAGAUUUGUUGAUUACUUGUGGUUUUGAUAAAUGCGUGAAAAUUUGGGGAAGUGAUGAAUUAUGCAGAGAAUUGAUGAACGACUUGAAAGAAGAAGGAGAGAAAAAGAGGAAUCAAGGGUUUUUU